AUGAUGGAACGUAGAUUUUAUCCAGCAAGUGCAGAUAUGUUACUGGCUGCUUUCCAGUACUUCGAUAAAGAAGGCCGUGGAUACUUGACCAAAGAGAGAUUCACCCAGUUGAUGCUUGAAGAAGGCGAACCGUUCACACAGGAGGAGUUUGAUGAGAUGAUGCAGACCGCUUUAGACCCCGUCACAAAUACAAUCACUUACGAAUACUACAUUAAUCAGCUGAUGAUGCUGGAGCUUGGCGCGUUAAGUAACCUAACCGAAAACACGAAUUACAAGACGAAUACA